GGGAAGCACAAACUGCACGUAAACACAGGACUGGAAGGUGAAUGGUGUGGCCUCAUUCCUAUUGGAAACACUUGUGACAACAUAACCACGACUGGCCUCAAGUGGAAUCUCACUAACCAGCUGCUAAAGUUUGGAACGCUCGUCAGCACUUCAAAUGCAUACGACAACUCGGGAAUCGUGACCAUCGAAACUGACAAGCCUUUGCUGUGGACAAUGGCAGUCAAAAGUGAGCCAAAUGCUUAUAAUUAAGCAAAUGCCACAUUUUUCAUUUGAUCAAAGACUACAUUUUUUGGAAAACUGCACUCAUCUGCAGGCACGGAAGGAUUAUUCUUGAAGGGGUAGAUUCUACUUAAAAGCAAGAUUUGGGGGUUUAGAGGGGGAAAGACUGAAAGAUCUUCAAGACAUCAAACCAAGGGUAGUAACAGUUCCACAUAUGUAUUUAUAGUACAUGAGCACCUACUAAACCAGCAUAGUCAAUAUGCAGUAAUAGGCAUUUAAGAUUGCUCAACUCUUUACUCUUUGUAAUUUUCCUAUAUUGAUUACUACUAAUGUAAGUUGUCUGGAAACAGCAGUUUCAAAAGUCACUGUGGUCAGCAGUGAAAUAGUAAUUUAAUAGUUAAAAUAUUCUACCGAGAUAUUUUAUUUGUGGCUUUGAUUCACAUUUUAAUAGUGCCAUACAAAUAUUUACUAUUGUACUUUUAUAGGAGUGAAACUUUACAGUGUGGCAGUGACCAGUUGAUUUUGUGCCUUAUUGUUUAGGAACUUAGGCUGCUUGCAGAUGUUUAAAAAAAACAAACAAACAACCAACCACCCAACUUCCCUCCCCCAAAAAAGGCAUUUCAUUUUAAGCUUGGUGCACUCCCACACUGAGCCCAGCACAUGCCCAGAAGAGGCAUUAGUUGGACCCAGCUUGCCCAAUAUGUGUAUAGCUCGGGUGCUUUGGUGGGGCCUUUUUUGGUGCUUUUAUCUAAUAGCUAGUUGACUCCACCUUAGAUGAAACGCCAAAAAGCCCUGCUGAAGCACCCAAUCUAUACAGACACUGUGGAGCUGGGUCAGUGUGUGCAUUAGUUACUCCAGUUAAAGCGUUUUUGUUUUUAAACGUUUGCAAGCAGCCUUAGAAGCUAAUUGCAGAUUUUAAAGAACAGCAAUAAUUCUAAUACCUGCUACAGCUGAAAUUAGUUUAGAAAUAUGCAUUCAUUUCACUAUUUCUUUAGGUGUCAAUGCUGGUAUUAAAAUGAAUUACUACUUCCCAGUAUUGAGUACUAUUAAGAAUUUAAUAGAAGGUUAAUAUUCCAUAAUGGUGCUAGUAAUAAAAAAGAUUGGUCUAAUUCUCAGAAAUACAUUAAUGUAGAUUGUCAUUAUUCCUCUGAAGAAAAAUUAAUUCAAUGUUUUUAAAACCAAAUAAUUUUUUUAACUAAGUCGUUUUUAGUUAUUUUUUUAAAGUGGGUUUGGAGACACUGACUGACCAACUAUUUCAUUUGCUUAUGUAAAUUAGUGCAGAAAUGCAUAACAGUCAUUUAAAAGGUGAACAAUAUAUUUUAAACCUGCAUUUGAAAAUUGCAAAGCAAAUUUAGUUGGUGGAAAGUUGCGCCCUCUUACAGAUUCAGUAUAAAGCCUAUGGCAUUAGAAUCCAAAUCUGAAGUGCCUUCACAUAAAUUAUAAUCUGUAAAAUACAUAUUUAUUUUUGUUUAAAGGGACAAGUAGAAUUUCAGAUAAAUAAUCCAUUUAUUAUCACAUUAAUCUAAAUUAAAGAUUAAAAAGUCUUUCACUUUGCUUUGUACUAGUGGCAGCACAUAACAUAGGCAAAUUCCUACUUGUGGAUUUUUUUUAUUCCAAGUUUCAGGAGUUGUAAUAUAGGAAAAACAAUGAAAGUUACCUAAUUUGUUUAAGUGAACCCAAGUAGAGCAGGAUAAAAACCUAAAAAUGUAGUAGAACACCACCAUGCUCUUGGUGGGCCAAGAGCAGUGUUAUGUAAAGCUAUGUUGUACUGCUAAAAGGAAAAAGCCAAGAAAGCCCAUUCAGACUUAUUCACUCAACUUGGGGCAUAGCAAUGAUGUACUGUAGUAAAAAGAGAUAAAAGUACAGUGCUUCUGAAGCAAGAACAAAUAAGAUAUCAAGCUUUUUUUAAAAUCCAAAAUAGGGGUUUAUUGUAUUAAAUAGCAGAUACAGAUACGUGGAACAUGUGUAAGCAAAAAAAAAAAAAAAAAGCCCCUAACUCUUCCCCUCCCACUAUCCAUCAGGCUCCAGCUUCAGUUGACUGGUCUUCCCAGUAAGUGUUCAGCCAC